CUCUCUCUUCCUCUGUCAAAACCCCAUUGGCCCGUUCCAUUCCAACCGUCUCCACUUCCCACUCUCCUCUCCGUUCCAUCCCAUCUCCAACAAACCAACCCCUAAUCAAACCUCCGCCGCCGAUGGCUCCCAAGCGCCGCGCCCAGCCGGCAAGAUCAGACGACUCGGUGGAGUUGGGCCUCGACGGGGUGAAGGAGCCCGCCAAGAACCGUCCUCCGUCGCCGGAGAAUGAAGGUUCCGAGGAGGACGAGGGAAGCGACAAGUCCGGUGACGCCCGGCCGGCGAGGAAUGCGUCGGCCGGCGAGGUCGCCUCGUCCACUGGGCCAAAGAAAAGCAUGCCCUCUGGCGAGGUCGCCCAGUCCCCCAAGCCCAAGAAGACGAGGCCCGCGCCGUCGCCGAAGCGGGGCAAGAAACCCCCGCCUCCGUCGCAGGAGGAGGAUCGCGCCCAACAAGAGGCGGCGGCGGCGGAGGAGGAGGUAGAGGAUGAGCGGGUCGAGGAGUCCGGCGAGGCCCAGCCGGAGACCGACGAGGUCGCCGCGUCUCCCCGGCCCAAGAGGAACGAGCCGUCCGGCGAGAUCGCCCGCUCCCCUAAGCCCAAGAAGACUAAGGACGCGCUGUCGCCCGCACCGAAGCGGGCCAAGAAACCACCGCCGCCGCCGCUGGACAAGGAGGAGCGCGGCCAAGAAGAGGCAGAGGAGGAGCAGGAGGUGGUGGGGGCCUCGCCAGUGAGGAAUGUGCCGGUCUACGAGUCUGCCGCCGCAUCUCCGCCGCGCAAGACGUCCGGUGGUGAGAACGUCGUGUCCCCCCAACACAAAAAGAGGGGCGCGGCGUCUCCUGGGCCGAAGUGGGCCAAGAAGCCCACUCCGCCGCAGCAGCAGGAGGAAGACGAGGCGGAGGAGGAGCGUGCUGUAGGGUAUGAGGAGGUCGAGGAGCCCAGCGAGGUCCCAGCUGCGACGGGCGCGCCAGCCGACAAGACCGCCGCGUCGUCUCCCCAGCGCAAGAAGAGGAGCAAGCCGUCCGGCGACAAUGACAAGCGCAAGGAGAAGAAGAAGAAGAAGAAGCGGGGGAAGCCGUCGGCCAUGCCGCUGCUGGCUGAGUCCGCGGUGGAGCAGGUGGGACAGGAGCCCGCCGUCAACAUCUCACAACUGCAGGAAAUGGACGACGCCGAGGAGGAGGAGAAGAAGAAGAAGCGGGGGAAGCCGUCGGCCAUGCCGCUGCUGGCUGAGUCCGUGGUGGAGCAGGUGGGACAGGCGCCCGCCGGCAACAUCUCACAACCGCAGGAAAUGGACGACGCCGAGGAGGAGAAGAGGAAGCGGGGGAAGCCGUCGGCCAUGCCGCUGCUGGCUGAGUCCGCGGUGGAGCAGGUGGGACAGGCGCCCGCCGGCAACAUCUCACAACCGCAGGAAAUGGACGACGCCGAGGAGGAGCAGGCGGCGGCAGAGGAAGACAGGGUUGAGGAGCCCAGUGAGGCCUUGCCGGUGAAGAAUGCUUCGUCGGCCAAGCUGCGCAUUUCCAGGCCAGAGAAGAAGUCAGCAGUCGAGCGCUCGUGGUCGAGGGAAGACGAGCUCAGGAUCCUCACGGCCAUGGCCAAGCACGCCCAGACCCACGGCGGCGCACUGCUCGAGGCGUCCAACCUCUUCGCUGCCCUUGCCACCAGCUUCGAUAAAAGGGACGCUGACACAGACAAGCUUGCCAACAAGGUCCGCAAGCUCAAGGGAUGGCAUGGCAGGGUGCGCCCGCAGGGCUGUCCGACCGACGACCAUGGUUGCCGGCUGUUUGAGCUGUGUGAAAUUGUCUGGGGUAAUGGUGCCUCUCAGAACAGUAGCCAGCUAGCUUCGAUGGCAUCGCGCAGGAGCCGCAAGACUAGUAACAGCAGCCAUGUGGUUCCUGAAGAGGCUCUCCAAGAAGGUAGUGGUGGAGGGGAGCAUGCGGAUGCACCUACUGGCGCACUGGCUGUGGAUGUCGGCGCACCCAAGGACAGCUCCGUGCCAUUUGUGAAAGAUGGAGAAGUUAAUUCUGGCAAAUGCGAGGACAAUGGGGUCCAAGUUGAUGAUGAUGAGCAAGCUAAGGCGACAUUUGUUAGAAGGGAGUUCAGUGAAUUGUCUAGAUUGUAUCCAGACCUGGCCAAAGAAGUGAAAGGGUACGCUCAUGCACACAGCUCUGGAGAAUUGAUCAUGGCAGCCUUCGAGACCAUUGGUGAUGAUGCGGCCCACGAUCUGGAUGCAAGGUGCAAGAAGCAAAGAAUCGACAUGUUCAACUUGGAGAUGGAUCAGGCAGACCUUACCAAGGCGCUGCUGUCCACACUUGCAGGUCGGAUAAAUUGACUAGUGGGGCAUUCUGUGGUGUGGUAAAACUCUCUGGUACCUUUUGUUCUAGUGUAAUCGGUAGACCCGUUGUCGUAGGGGUUCCUUUUGGGGGUACUGCAAAGCUCUUACCUAUCUACUAGUUAGUUGUCUAGUGUUAAUAUCUGUUUCUACAUAUGGAACCAAUGUUAUGGCUCGACGUGGAAAACAGUACUUAAGUUUAACUAUCAUAAGCUUA